GGCAUGGAUAUCUCUACCCUCUCUAUAGCCUGUGCCUGGUCUGGAUCUCCCAGCAGGACCAAUUGACCAUGGAGAGAGGAAACCGCACAAGUGCCUCUGAGUUCAUCCUCCUACAGCUCACCAGCCGGCCCAAGAGCCAGAAGCUGAUCUCCAGGCCCUUCCUGGUCAUGUACUUCAUUGAGGAAGCAGGGAACUUGCUCAUCACUGCCAUUGGCUCAGAAUCCUGCCUCCACAUGCCCAUGUACUUCUUCCUUAGCAACCUCUUCCUGGUGGAUUUCUGCUUCAUCUCUGCCAUAGUACCCAAGAUGCUUGUGAACACCCAGAUGUGGACUCAGUCUGUUUCCUGCGGUUGUCUAACACAGAUCUGCUUUUGCAUUUUGCUUGCCAACAUGGACAACUUCCUCUUGACGGCAAUGGCUUAUGACCGCUUUGUGGUCAUCUGCCACCCCCUGCACUACUCCAUUGUGAUGAGUCUGCAAAUCUGUACCCUGAUGCUAGGAAGGUCCUGGCUCAUUUCCAACUUCCACUUCCAACUACAUACCCUCCUCAUGGCUUGGCUGGGGUUCUGCGCCAGCAACAGCUUCUUUUGUGACCUCCCUCCCCUGCUCCAGCUCUCCUGUUCCAACACCCAACUCAACCAGCUCAUGAUUCUGCUAGUGGGGGGCUUGAUCAUCCUUAUCCCCUUCCCUGGAAUUCUUGUCUCCUACAUCCACAUUGUAUCUGCUGUGUUCAAGGUCCCAUCUGCCUGGGGCAAACAAAAGAUCUUUUCCAUCUGUGGCUCCUAUCUCACUGUAGCUAUUCUCUUCUAUGGGACCAUCACAGGGGCCUACAUGAAUCCCUCAUCUUCCCAUUCAGCUGACAAGGAUUCGCUGGCUUCAGUGAUGUGUAUAGUGAUCACCCCCAUGCUGAACCCCUUUAUCUACUGCCUGAGAAACAAGGACAUGAAGAGAGCUCUAAGGAAACUGUUCAGUGUGAAGACUUUAUCCUGUGGGCUGUAACAGCAGAUUUCCCCUUCAGAGUCUCUGUGCUGGGAAGAGGAGGACGAAUCCCAGGGACAGGCUGCACACACAGAGAGCAGGAGGAACACAGACCUCAUUAUCCUGGGUUGUCACCAUGGUCAUGGCUC